CGAGACAGAGCCUGACACAGGGCUCAAACUCACAAACUGUGAGAUCAUGACCUGAGCUGAGGUCGGACACUUAACCAAUUGAGCCACUCAGGCAACCCCAGAUUCCCUCCAUUUUAAAUACCUAGAGUCAUUUCUGUUUUCUUGACCAGACACAACUCAGACACUGUAAUCUUUAGAAACUUACUGAAAGUCCGGGGAUGGCUAAUAAUCUGAAUAGGAAAUCGUUCUCAAAGAUUUGGCACCAUUCAUACACCCCAGUCUUCAGCUUCCUCACUAAUGAAGUGAAACUUUUCAUAACAAUUAAGUUGUUCCAUGGAAUAAGUGAGUUGAUGUGUGGAAAACAUCUGAAACACAGUACACACCUAAUAUGAAUUAAAGUCUAUUUUUCCUGUAGCUUAAGCCCCAUUCCUUUUAUUGUUCUCAAGAAACUGCCAGAAUAUUCCCUCAACAAACCCUUGUGAAAACCCACACGAGGAAACUAGAAAGAAGCCAAGUUAAUUAAACUGCUCAAUGAUUCAUCGUCUGCCUUUCAUUAGCCCUGGUGCCAGAUUUCCUUUUCAUUCCCCACAACAAAACUGCCUGAAGACUCAAAGUUGAAUCUUAUUUUUAUGACUGGAUUGAUUAGAACAGUUCACUUUUCCUCCUAGUUUAGUCUAGUUCUUAUUCUUUUGAAUAAGCAUGACUUUAAAUACUGCAGAAACAGCAGAUCUUCCAUAGCUCCAUGUAUAAAUUAUGAUGUUUGUCAGCAAUCCUGCCUGUGACGUCAGUAGCAGAGUCAGCUAACAGUUGCUGGGCGAUGCCACGGUCUUGAACUGUCGCGUGGAUGUAAAUAGAUUCCUGCUGCUGGUUAAAAACAAAAGACAAAAAACUGGAUUCCUUACAUCUAGAGUGAAUUCAGUGGUCUACUGUUUGGCUUAGAGAGUGGGAAGUAUCGUCUCAUAAAGGGGUAAAAUUAGGUGAACAUCAAGGCAGAGAAAUAUUUAUACAUGUCGGUCAGCAUGGGCUAAGACCACAUCACACUUCUGUUCAGAGACUAGAAGAGAUGGAAUCUUUUCUCUCAGAAGACAUUGGCUCUAUGAUACACAACAAGGCCAUUGAGAGAAUCAUCUCCCCAAUGACUGUUCAGCUCUGCUAUCUGAUCAUUUCGCUGGAGAAGAAAGACAUGGAAAAUGAAGCAUUUGCCUGUUUGGAGAAGAUGGCGGAAGAAUUGGCCCAAGCUAGUGAAGACUUUGUGCAAGUUGCCAAAAGGCUGGCAGGAGACUCUGAGGAGGAGUGGCUCUGGGAGGAAAUGAGGCCUACUGCUGAGUCUCUGGUCCUGUCUGGGAGGAACAUCGUGCUGGUGGCUCAGAAGCUCCAUCUUCAGCCGGCAUGUCAAAGCCACCAGGAGGAGCUAGUGACUACAGCUCAGCAGAUCCUGGUGGACACCACAAAGGUCCUGCUCCUAGAAGACGCCGCGAUGGCGAGGAAGAUAGUGCGGGCGGCGGGUUGGUGCCUGACCUGCCUGGACGCCCUGGAGGACGCGGACGACGCGGCCUCGCUGCGCGGCCCCUUCGCCGACCUGGCCGCCGCGCUGCUACGCCUGGGCCGCCUGACUGCGCGCGGGCCCGGGGAGCGCCUGGACCACGCCGGCCGCCUGCUGCGGGGCUGUGUCCCCGCGCUGCUCGAGGCCGUCCGCGGCCACCUGCAGCGCCCUUGCGACCCGCAGCUGGCCGCUUCCCAGCGCCACACUUUGGCCCAGACCAGGAAGACCCUAGGCGAGCUGCUGGCGCUGCUGGAGCCCAGCGCCGCGGCCCCAGCGGCCAGCGCCCACACCGGCGCGCUCACCUGGCGCCUGCGGCGGCUGCGCGAGCUUCUGUCGGCGCCCGGGCACGAGCGCAUGCGCGGCGGCCCUCUAGACGCCCUGUUGGCGGCCGUAGUGUGGCACUGCAUGCGUCUGGCCGCUUGCUCCGCACCGCCGGAAAGGCUGCGCCUGGUGGCCCGCUGCGGCCAGCUGCUGGAGCUGCGGAGCGCCGGGCGCCUGGGUCGGAUCGACAGGCAUCCGGGAGAAGGCCGGGCCUCCAGGAGCCUGGAACCCGGGCAGGAGUGUGCGGAGCUGCAGGCCGCCACUGAGGCCCUGUGCCAAGGAGUCCGCUCUGGGCUGCUGCACCAGAUCCUGGACACGUUCACUGACACGCAAAGCCCUCUUCAACGACUGGUCCAGGCCGCCUUGGCCACUCGCCCAGUCAGCUCCCUGUGCGAUGGCCAGGCCUUGCCAAAGAAUCUCCAGCUUUUCCUUGCUGCUUUCCGUGACCAGGCCAAGCAGAUGCUCAGAGUGGCUCACUUGGUCUUGGUUUGCUGCCCUCGACAACAAACUGGCAAAGACAUGGAGGUCACCAUGGCAGGCCUUUGGGGGCUUGUGGUCAGAGUGCAGCAACUUUUCUCACAAAGUCCCCAAGGAUCUGGUCUGGACUGGAGCCCAGCUGCCUUGCAGGCCCUGCUUCAGGCAUGGACCAGGGCAUCAGAAGGCCUGUUGGCAUGUUUUGAUGAUGUUCUCAAUAUUCCUGAGUUCCUGAGUGUGUCCAUUCAAGAAAUGACCAAGCACUUGGACUUCUUUAGAUGGGCUUUGAGAAAGGGAGAUUCCAGAGACUUUCCCCAACUUGUGGCAUAUUUACAGGGUCGGGCCACUCACAUAGUGCAGGUGAUGAGCAGGUAUGUGGACCAAGAUCGAGAUCCCAUUUUCCGGAAUGGCCUGAGAGUCUUGAUCCAGCAGCUGGAGCAGUCUUCCCUGUUCCUGAGUGCAGCUGCUGAGUGCUGUUUGGGUGGGGACAGUGCUCAGGACACAGAGGUAUUUUUAACCAUGGCAAAACAUCUGAUCUGUUCAGCCCAGAGCAUCCAAGAAGGGCUGGAUGGGACUAACCACCCAGAUAUCCUCAGCCCGCUUCGGGACCAAGUCCAAAGGUUUGACACUGCUAAGGAACAACCUUAUUUUAUUCUCCCCAGCCUCCAGGACUCCACAACUCCUGAACUGGAACACCAGGGAGAACCUGGGUUGGGGGAAAGCAAUUCAGGCAUCUCCUAUCCACUGAGGAACAAUCUUUCCCACCCUUUGAUUCCUGACAUGCAUCUACAGAGUGGGGACCCUCCACUACCAGCCAUCAGCAAAUUCAUCGUUGCUGUAGACAGCCAGAGCCACCAGGCAGUGACCACAGGUAGCACCAACCUGCAGGAACAAAAUGCCGCUGUGGAUGCAGCUCAAGAGGCCUUGCCUGGGGAAAGACCACUGGGGUCAGAGGGGAUGCCUGGGCUCCAAGAAAUCCCAACACUAACACCUUCUAUUGUUGACCUAGGAACAGAGACAGAACCUUGCACGACUGCUAGAACCGGUGGGCUUCCGGAAGUGGCUCUCCAGCUGUCUGGGAGACCGAGGGAAACCAGGCAGGGCUUGGUAGCCAGGGCUGGUGACUGGUACCCUCUGUGUCAACAGCUCUUUUGUCACAACCCAGCAGGUGAUCUUCUAGGGAACAUGGCAGUGUUCAUGGAGCUGCAGCAGAAUUUGGCCUCAAUGGUUCAACUAGCAGCCAAAAGUGAGCCUGUGGAUUGGGGUAAGAAGGACCCUGACUCAGCUGGGCGUCCAGAAGCACUUUUACAAAUGCAAGGCAGAUUGGAGGAGGUGCAGACCCAUGCUAAACAGCUGUUGGACAAGGUUCUGGCUUUCGAUAGCCUCCAAGCCCCUACGUCAUGGGACGAAAGCUUUGAGGAUGGGUGCCUUCGAUGGUCGGUGGCUGUCCAAGACCUGCUCCAGUGCAUGGAGAGACUCAGCAGGAGACAAGGCCUGUUCUUACUGCCCCUGCGGCGGGCCGUGAAGGACCAGCAGGGACUGCAGGAAGAGUUGGCCCAGGCAGCAGCUGUUUCUCAGAGGCUACUAGAGGCUGCCAGGCUGUCUGGCCUCCUGUGUGGGGACGCGCAGAUAAAAUGUGAGGUCUCAUUUUUGUGCAGGGAAAUCCAUGUGCUCACAGAUGCUCUGCUGGAUGUGGCACAGAUCCUGGCCUCCUCCCCCAAACCAUCUCCCAGUCUGUCCACACGCUUUGAACUCCUCUGCUUGGAGCUCUCCUUUCAAGCCAAGGCCCUCACUGGCCACCUCAGCAUCAUCAACGCAGACUAUGAACAUGUCUUCCAAGAUGCCUUCUAUCCAAGGCUCUCUGUCUGUAAAGAACCUCAGGCUAGGCCAGAAAGCUCCCUGGAAAGAAUGGUGUCUGGUAUCCAAGCUGCACAGGGAAUUGUGGCAGGAAGUCAAGAGUCUGGGCCCUGCCAGGAGGACCUUCUUAGGGCUCUGGAGAGCAUUUUUGUCCUCACCCAGGAGGUGGCCCAGAGGGUCCCAGUGCUCCAAGAACACUCAGAGGAGUGGAGAAUGCACACCCUGGACUGGCUUCAGUGGGAGUGGGCAGCCAAAGCCCAUCAUGCCAUGGCCCAGCUCCAGGCCUGGAAAGGUGGUCACACCAAGGCCUGGGCACUCUUGGCCCAGUGCCUGAAGCCCAGUGAUGAGACAGCAGUGAUGAAGCCCAGGGAUGAACAGGCCUCUGCCCAGCCCCAGCUCCACUGUGAGGAGGGUGCCUCAGGAGCUGUUGCAGUGGGCAGUGUGGAUUCUCGGGGUGCUGCCCCAAAAGACACCCCAGGGAACUCAGGGGGGGCCUGCACUGUGGACCCAGACGUCACUGGAACAAUUGCAGCAGACCUGGACACGGAGCAGCCGCACAGCCCAGCACCUGCCUCCACAGGCCCACUGGCCUGGCUGGGCCCUGAGCCGGACCACCUGCUCCAGGAGGAUGGCGGCGUGGAAGGGGGGAGCAGGAUCAUCCAGAUUACCCGAGAGAUGGCUACAGAGGUGCUCCUGAUGGCUCAGAGUCUGAGGAGGAGAGGACCCGUCUUGACCAAAGAUCAGCUCAUUACCUCUGCUAGGAAAAUCGCGACUUCUGGACAAAAGUUCGCCAGACUUAUCCGCAUCAUCGCCAAGAACUGCAUAGAUCAAAGGUGUUCCCAGGAGCUUUUGUGUGUGGUAGACCAGAUUCAAACAAUGAGCAACCAGCUCCGCAUCAUCUCCAGUGUAAAGGCCUCUCUGGCAAGAAGCAGGUCCUCUGAAGAGCUCCUGCUGGAAAAUGCUCAACAGCUCCUCCGGGCCGUGUCCAAGACCGUGAGGACCACAGAAGCUGCAAGUCUGCGGGGCUUGAGACAGCCUUCCUCAGAUCCAGAAGAACUGGAAGUUGCUGCCUUCUGUGUGCAGUGGAGAAGAAAACUGCUAAGGCACAGACUUCGAGAAACUUCAAACCUGGACUAUGAUGAGCUGGGCCUGCGAAAAACAAGCACAGAAGGGCCCCCAACAUUAGCAGCCCUGGUUCCAGAAGCAUUCUAAAGACUGAGAAAUA